UACGUUUGUUCUUUUCCCCCAGUCCUCUCCGUCUCCCUUUUCCAAUACAGAAAAAGAACAGAGAGAGAGAGAGAGAGGAGGAGGGAGGGGGAGAUUCUCACCUGGAAAUUAUUAGUUUUUCUUUCAAUUUGUUGGGAAAGUAAAAUCUUGGGCAUUACUAAAUUGCUCCUCAAUUCCUAUAAGAAGUCCUUGUGGAGCUGUAUAGUCAGAGAAGCGACAAAUGAAUUCAUCAACCUCACAAUCCAGUGGAGACUGCGAGUCUGGUUGGACUCUCGCGCUAGAGCAAUGGCAGGGAGAAGUCCACAAGAACUACACUUACACGAGGUCAGGAAGAGCCAAAAGUGAGGAGGGAGGAGAAGAGGAUUUGUCCAUGGUCUCCGAUGCGUCCUCCGGGCCUCCAUUCCAUGAAGCCAAAGAGGACUUGUGCAAUGAGAACGAGCGCUCCUCGUCCGGCCCCGGGCCGCAGAAGCUCGGUGUCGGGGGUGGUAAGAAGAAGAAGGCGGCGAAGGGGAAAGAGCAUAGGAGAGAGGAGGAGCGGCAGCAUUUGUGCUACAAGGACACUGCAACCUCCAUUCCAAUAAGCUUCACCAAGAAGAAAUACUCUCCAACAGACAAUGAUGCAGCCAAAGCAAAGGGUAAAUCUGAGUUGGGGAAGUAACACAUCGAGAGAGCUGCUCCCGAGAGAAAGGGAGGUUUGAAAGGCCGAAAGCUGUGGUGAUACAAGGCCAACUUGUCUCGAUGUAAAGAGGAUGCUCAAUCUGAGAAGAUUGUAUCCACCUUUUCUCUUUUUAUCCGAACUCCUUUUCCUCCCAACCACAUGGGCAAAUAAAUUCUCUUUGUAUGGUUGCUUGCUAGGUGUCAAAAAGCCACAUUCAUCAGGCAGUCACUAGUCCUGUAUCUA